UUAGGUUUUUCGAUAUACCUGCUGCUUUCCUUUCCAAAGACAUCUGACGCCUUGCAUUGUUACAAUUGUACCGACAUUGCUGACGUUGAUGAAUGUCUUACAGUGACAGAAUGCCAUGCCGGUCAGUCUUGUUACAUAGAAGUAAAAUCAACAGGACAAAGAAGCACCCUCGGAUGUACAGACAAUCAGUUAUGUGGAGUAAGUGCCAGUGGUGCCGGAAAUUUGAUCGGUCGACAGAUAAAUGGGAGACAAACUUUGGACUGCCAUGAAUGUUGUAGUAAAGAUAGAUGCAAUACAAAUCUGUGUGCACAUUUAACACCCGGAGCAUGUAUUGAUGAUGUGACAGUGGAUUGUGCUUUUCUAAAUAGCUUUUUCAAUAUUUGUAAGGAUAUUCAUCGAGCCAAGUUAAUCUGUGCAAAAUUCUGCUCACUGUGUUCACUUGUGGAUGGGAAUUGGGCAAGCUGGUCCCCGUGGUCUACAUGUGACGUCACUUGUGAAAAUGGGACUCAGACAAGAACAAGACAAUGUUCCGAUCCUCCUCCAACAAAUGGCGGACUUUAUUGCAUCGGUACACGCACUGAUAUUAAGACAUGCUUAAAACAACUUUGUCCAGUGCAUGGCGGAUGGACUCAAUGGUCGAACUGGGACGCAUGUUCUGUAACAUGUGGAGUAGGCAUAGAAAGGCGACAUCGUAAUUGCUCAAACCCAAUACCAGACAGAAACGGACUUCAAUGUUUCGGCGACACAUUAGAUGAUAGAAUAUGCUUACCGGGUCCAUGUGCAAAUGGUGGUUGGACUGACUGGGGACAAUGGAGCACCUGUUCAGUGACGUGUGGGGACGGGUUAAAGUCUAGAUCACGUACCUGCACAAAUCCGUCACCAUCGCCUCUGGGAACAUAUUGUGAUGGAGAUUCUUCAGAAGUUGUUUCCUGUAGGAAAAGCAAUUGUAGUACGUGAUAACAUUUAAAAUAACAUUAAUAAGCAUUAG